AUGGCGGCCUGGCGGGGCGGGGGGCUGCUGGCGGCGCUGGGGGCGCUGAGCGUGUGCGCGGCGGGGGAGCCGGGGCCCGGGCCGGAGGGCGAGCCCGGCGGGCCGGCGGACUGGGCGGAGCCGUGGGACGGGGCGGUCUUCCGGCCGCCGCCGGCGCUGGGCGCGGUGCGGGGGUCGCGGGGUCCGCGGGAGGCGCCGCCGCCGCCACCGCCGUCGGGGCCGGCGGAGGACGCGCCGGUGCUGCUGUGGUGGAGCCCCGGCCUCUUCCCGCACUUCCCCGGCGACUCGGCGCGCAUCGAGUGCGCGCGGGGCGCGUGCGUGGCGACGCGCGAGCGGCGGCGGCGGCGGGAGCCCGGCACGCGCGCGCUGCUCUUCUACGGCACCGACUUCCGCGCGGCCGAGGCGCCGCUGCCGCGCCGGCCGGGCCAGACGUGGGCGCUGCUGCACGAGGAGUCGCCGCUCAACAACUUCCUGCUGAGCCACGGCCCGGGCCUCGGCCUCUUCAACCUCACGGCCACCUUCAGCCGCCACUCGGACUACCCGCUGCCGCUGCAGUGGCUGCCCGGCCUGGCCUACCUGCGCCGCGCCGCGCCCCCGCCGGCCGAGCGCGCCCGCUGGCGGCGACGCGGCUACGCGCCGCUGCUCUACCUGCAGUCCCACUGCGACGUGCCCGCCGACCGCGACCGCUUCGUGCGCGAGCUCAUGCGCCACAUCCCGGUGGACUCCUACGGCAAGUGCCUGCAGAACCGGGAGCUGCCCGCGCCGCGGCUCCAGGACACCGCCACGGCCACCACCGAGGACCCCGACCUCCUGGCCUUCCUGGCCCGCUACAAGUUCCACCUGGCCCUGGAAAACGCCAUCUGCGACGACUACAUGACGGAGAAGCUCUGGCGGCCCCUGCACCUGGGCUCCGUGCCCGUCUACCGCGGCUCCCCGUCCGUGCGGGACUGGAUGCCCGACAACCACUCCGUCAUCCUCGUCGACGACUUUGAGUCGCCCCGCCAGCUGGCCGACUUCCUUCGCUUCCUGGACCAGAACGACCAAGAGUACCAGAAGUAUCUGGCCUUCAAGCAGCCGGGCGGCAUCACCAACCGCUUCCUGCGGGACAGCCUGGAAAGGCGGGAGUGGGGCGUCAACGACCCCCAGCAGCCCAACUACCUCAAUGGCUUCGAGUGUUUCGUGUGUGACCACGAACUGGCCCGGCUGCAGGCCCAGAGGGCCCAUGAUGCCUCUCCAGGGGACGUCCCCGCCCCGGAGCCUCGAAUUGCUCAGCAGUCACACAUGAAUUGCCCCGUGCCCAAACCGGGCUUUGGCAGUGUAGAGGAGCUUCCCGAGAAUGACAGCUGGAAGGAGAUGUGGCUGCAGGACUAUUGGCAGGGUCUGGACCAGGCGAAAGCACUCACUGCCAUGAUCCACAAUAAUGAGACGCAGCCGCAGAAAUUCUGGGAUUACCUUCAUGAGAUCUUCAUCAAACGGAACCAGAAUCUUUGAUUAGUCCUGUCAGAGAGCCUUUGACUUGAGCAAAGGAACAGGAGGGACAUUUGCUGCAUAAACCCUGUAACUCUUUUUGGUUUUGGGC